GGGUGGAUUUACCGGAAGCUCUGCAAGACAGCUCCGAUGUCUUAGGCCGGAAAAGGCCCGGCAAAACCCGGAGCUCUGAUUUAUCUCCACCCAGCCGAGCUGCCAUUCUCGUUGUUUAACCACCUCGAUCAGCUUUCUGGUUCCAUCUCGAAGAAUCGGCCCGCGUUGGAAUUUUUACGUUUAUACAAAUAUCUUAUUCAUUUUUUUUCCCUCUCUUUAAUAGAAACAAUUUUUUGUUGAAAUUAUUGCUGGGCAGGUGGCAUGCUGUCAACUAAAUCUCUGCCCUGUCCGCAGAAGGCUUUCCGGACCCGACAGGAGUGUCUUCACUAAUAAGUACUUGACUUAUGGGACAUGAGUUGCCAAAAAUGCAGCAACCUAACACCACCAUCAUUCUAGGAAAAUUUAGCGACGAAAACUCAGGGAGAGUGGCACCUACGGCCAUGAAAAAUAUGGAGUUGGAUUUACAGAGCGUCCGACAAAGGAUUGUCGGGGCGGUAUUGUGUAACAGGCUAGAAGCUGUGGUCAAUUGAUGGGAUAAUGUACCAGGAUCGCCAUGAGAUGGCCUCUGUUUGAUCCAUCCUUUAUUUUUUCCGAGGUAUUCUUGAAACUGGAUCUGCCCUGACACUGGGCCCAGAGAAUAUAGCAAUGCGGAACAAGACUGCUC